GGAAAGCAUUCUGAGGAGACACGAUCUUAUCAGCCAUCACCGAAGUGAGAUCUGUGUUGAUCACCCUUCAUGAUGUCAUACAUGGACAGAAACAACUUUGACUGACUGGCCAGUCCAUCGGUCUUAUUAAAGUAAAAGCACUCUUACUCUGGGACUUACCGCCCAGCAGAUCCUCUAUUCAGCUAACUACAGGAAAGGUCCUCACCGGCCUUUUCGCACACCCCUGAAUGCUGCCGCCAAUGUCAUGGGCGACGCAGCCCAAGGAGCCGCACCGUAUGUCGAGUUCCUUCCCCCGCUUGAAGACCCUCCCGCCGAGGAGACGGCUGACCUUCCUGUCACCAAGAAGGAACUGUGGGACUUCCGCCGCCAGAUGCGGGACGACACGUCCAAAGUCAUCCAUCAUUGCAAUGACUUGGUUGCAUCACGCGAGCAAGAGGUCGCCGCCUUCGCCCACGCCUUGCGGGACCUCCAGACACGUUUCGAAGAGUUGGAGAUGUCGAUUGAGGGCCGCCGCGUCAGCGCGUACCUCAAAGCGAGAGAGUCCCUCGUGAUCCGCCGUCACCUCUCCCGCAUUUGCCCCAAGGACCCAAACAAGGACAUCGACUUCUCCUCGCAAGAGGUGCACCGGAUCAACUGGGCUGAGGCGAAGAAGAUCGACAGCACUGCACUGGAGACGUCGAUUCACAACGGCUGGAACGACCUCAGCGCGUCCGCAGACCCCCAAGACAAGCAGACGGCUCUCAACCUGCACCGUCUCUUACAAGAGAUCAACCACGACAAGUGCCGUCAUCAGGGGGUCCACACGGGGAAGGAGAGCAUCUUGGCGUUUCUACAGCACGACGAGCGAACAGCCGCCGCCCCUCCACAAAUCUCCCGCCCCUACCAGCUGCACAUGCUGGAAUACAAGGACAAGAGCGGCGUGAAGUUGGCAGACACAGUAGCGGGAUUGGAGAAAGCCCUCAAACAAGACCGGUACGAGACACACACACACUCUCUUUCGUGGGCUGUUCUCUCUGUGUCUCCCGUUACUCAACCCGUUCGGGCCUCAACUGUUGGGCUGUUCGCCUUCUCGGGCCUUCGUGCCCUUCUCAUCCUCAGCGAGCUUGGCUCGCUUCUCUUUUUUGUUUAUGUCACUGUUUGCUCUUCUUCUGAGUUCUCCCGUCAGUGUCGCCGGUGGCGGUCAAACGCUCCAUCACCUCGACUCCAAGUCCGUCUCCCGCACUCAAGGCCGCCAAAAAGUACGACGGUCCUUGUCUCAACUGCAAAGUCGGUGGCGUUGAGGCGAUGCACGACUUCAACUACUGCCGAGACGUGCUCAAAAACCCCUGCCGCAUCGAGUGCCUGGCAUGCAAGAAAACUGGACGACCCGCGCAGCUGCACUGGAUGCAUCCUGAUCACUGCAAUUCGGUGCGUGUUUCCUACAACCUCCCUCCCCUCUCACACCUCCCUCCGUAGUCUGUCUCUCGCUUGAUUCCAUCAUGAGACUCUUCUUGAGGGCUCCUUAAAUGCUCUUCCAUCCCGUCUCUCCCCUAUUAAACAAAUCCUGACUCGCCCCACUCUCUCUUCAGUCGCUCGGGGAGGUUCCUCUACUCGCUCACUCAGGGAUGGUUUCCCUUUCUCUACUCAGUCACUCGGGGAUGGUUUCCCCUUCAGUCGAUGUGGUCGUUCUCGCUCACUGUCUCACCCUUCGAUCUCUACCUCACUUACUUACU